AUGGCUUCUAAUCCUUGGUGGCCCUCGUCUUCGGAUGACGAAGAGGAGAUGUUUUUCGCAAACGCUGUACUACGGGCGGGACAAAUUCUAAUAGAAGAGGAAGAGGAAGAGGAAGACUUCUCGUCUGAAAAUGUUAUUACCACACGACUACGGAUUAACAGAGACCGCCAAGGAGCGCACGAGAAAUUGGUGAACGAUUAUUUUUCGGAUGAACCACUUUACAACGCCGACAUUUUCAGACGCAGGUUCCGAAUGAGUCGCCGCUUAUUCACACGGAUUGCUAAUGAUUUGGCGGGGCUAGACCCGUUUUUCACGCAACGUCCUGAUGCUCGAAAUUAUGAAGGGUUUACAACGUUACAAAAGUGUACUGCGGCCAUUCGCCAACUGGCGUACGGGACAGUGGCCGACGCUUUGGACGAGUACUUACAAAUGUCGGCAAGAACUACGCGGGAAUGUUUGUAUCGGUUUUGCCAUAAUGUGGUGAAACUGUAUAGCAAAAAAUAUUUGCGGAAACCAAACGCGUAUGAUGUUCAACAGUUGUACCAAGCUCAUGAAGCAAGGCACGGGUUUCCGGGAAUGCUUGGUAGCAUUGAUUUUUCUGGGGUUGAGUAUAGACGUGGGUAUUAUCUUGCUGACGGGAUAUAUCCGUCUUGGUCUACAAUUGUAAAGACUAUUCCAUAUCCCGAGGACGAAAAAAGGAAAAAAUUCGCCAAGCGUCAAGAAGCUGCAAGAAAAGACAUCGAACGUGCUUUUGGUGUCUUACAAAAAAAAUGGGUCAUCGUUGCACAACCGGCACGUGCGUUCACACCAAAAAGGUUGCGUCUUUGUAUGUACGCUUGCAUUUUGCUCCAUAACAUGAUUAUUGAAGACGAAGGUUGGGCGAUUUGUGAGUAUGAUGAGAAUGCAUCUUGGGGGAACACUGUCCCGGUUGAUCCCCCACAACAGGAUUUAAACUCGUUCUCGCUAACAAACGACUUCACGCAUGCAAAUCUUCAACAAGAUUUGGUAGAACAUAUUUGGAACAACGUUAACAUGGUGGACGGUGACGGAGCCGAAGACGAAGAAGAGUAG